AUGGCCUUCGACGGCUCGGGCAAAACCGACACAGUCCGGGAGAGAUAUUGCUCAAUGCUCAGAGAAAUUGCGGCGGUGGCCGGCCAAAUAGAGUUCACGAUUGGUGAGCACUAUCACCAUUACUCACCCAGCGUCCGUACUCUCGUUGAUGAGUUCCUGAGCUCAGCAUGGGGGCAAAUCAUCCACGUAUGCGAAAGACCGUUCGCUGUGAUAGAGUCAGGGCUUGAGGCAAACCACCAAGCAGUGCUCAACCAGCAGUUUCGGCAUGCCGGCGGAGCAAGUUCCCAGGUUUUCGCAGGCCUCAUCAAUCGCCCACCUGCCAAGGACGGGAAGAAGGCCAAAGCCAACGCUACUGUUAGGGAGAUCAUCGUCUUAGUAAGGAAAUGCAUUGAACGAGCGAAGCUGGCAUGCCGUACUUUGUUCUGGACGUUGACAAUUCCUGGAUCGGGCUGGGAUCCACUCACGCGCCAGCUGGAGGAAUCUCUGAACGCAUUCAACACUAUACCUACAGCCCCGAGCCGAGGAAUACUCAUCGAGAUAGCCCUUCGGAGGAGCAUGGGAAAGAACGUGCUAAACGCAAACAACAAAGUCGUGAAGAGGAUACCAAACCAAGUCGCAAAGCAAAACAUCGAAGCCUGGAAAACCUCAGAUCGUGUUUCACAAGAUCUCCGCCUCGUGUUCCACACAAAGCAGAACGGAGCACUAUUUGACGGACUGGAGCGCACCACCACCGAGCAAGCAGACGGCACCAUCAGUAUAACGUACGAUGGAAAAUUCAUCAAUUAUCAUUAUGCCGGCACACCCACGAUGCACUUCAUCUGCGCCCACAACUGGUACGUCCCUGAGAAUCUUGCCAACGCUGAUACGAUGCGAGAUUGGAUAGUCGGCUCAACGCGGCCCAAAUGUCGUUUGUUCGCCCAUGCCAACGAGAUUUACACAAUGUUAAGGGAGGAACAUCUGGGAACCGCGCAUAUGAACGCCGUGGGAAGCGCCCGUCGGCGACUCGAACCUAUUGAGACCGCAGUGGUCACAAGAUUCGAGGCAGACCACCGACGGGUGCACCAAAAAGAGGAUUUUCCACUGAUUCGUCCAGUUGUGAUAACGGACUUCCACGGCAACCCCUCCAAUAUGAGCCUGGUCGGACGCACUAAAGACUACGGCAUCAGUAUCUCUAGGAGUCUGAAGCCGACAUUGUGUUGUUUUGCAUGCCGAUGUAUUUAUGGCUAUAGAUCCUUGUUCACCCCAAUCGAUCAGGAGACACAGAAGCGGGAGUUCAUCAGCUUUGACUGGAAGGACCGCAUCAUCGAGCAUUGUUGUGCGGAAAGCGCAGCGUCGAUGCAGUGUGCUCUUUACAACACUGCACGUAACGGAAUGGCGCAUCAGUAG